GCCCCAGUCCGGGAGGAAACUGGUUAUGUUCCUCCCUCUCCUUCAGUGGAAGCGACUGUCUUAAGGAACUGCGGGUCCGGUAGAUUCCCGCUCAUUUCCAGUGUCUCAGAAGUAUCUCAAACGGGAGUUUCUAGGACGGCCGCCCAGCAACCCCAGGGCCGGCGGUGGUGGCCCUAGUCCUAGAUGAUUUGGGGUUCCUGGGAAGGGGACAGCUGAGGCAUACCUGCGUCGGGAGAGAAACGCACGGUCUUCUCACGGCCCUCGGGGUUUGUUUCAGAGUCCGACCCAGCAGAUCGGUCCGCGGAGUCUCAGGGAGGGGAACCCGGGAGCCCCCACCACGCCCCCAGGCACGCCGGGACUGCGCGUCGGGCCCCGCCCCGCGCGCCGCGCCUUAAAGGGCUCGAAGGCCGGGGCGCACCGCGGUGGCCACGGUCAUGGAGGGUGCGUUUGCUGCAAACUGGAGCGCUGAGGCGGUUAACGGGAGCGCGGCGCCGCCGGGAGCCGAGGGCAACCGCACCGCCGGGCCGCCACAGCGCAACGAGGCCCUGGCACGGGUGGAAGUGGCCGUGCUGUGCCUCAUCCUGUUCCUGGCGCUGAGCGGCAACGCGUGCGUGCUGCUGGCGCUGCGCACCACGCGCCACAAGCACUCGCGCCUCUUCUUCUUCAUGAAGCACCUGAGCAUAGCCGACCUGGUGGUGGCGGUGUUCCAGGUGCUGCCGCAGCUUCUGUGGGACAUCACGUUCCGCUUCUACGGGCCCGACCUGCUGUGCCGCCUCGUCAAGUACCUGCAGGUGGUGGGCAUGUUCGCGUCCACCUACCUGCUGUUGCUCAUGUCGCUUGACCGCUGCCUGGCCAUCUGCCAGCCGCUGCGCUCACUGCGCCGCCGCACCGACCGCUUGGCGGUACUCGCCACAUGGCUCGGCUGCCUGGUGGCCAGCACGCCGCAGGUGCACAUCUUCUCGCUGCGCGAGGUGGCGGACGGCGUCUUCGACUGCUGGGCAGUUUUCAUCCAGCCCUGGGGGCCCAAGGCCUACAUCACGUGGAUCACGCUCGCCGUCUAUGUUGUGCCGGUCAUCGUGCUUGCCGCCUGCUACGGCCUCAUCAGCUUCAAGAUCUGGCAGAACUUACGGCUCAAGACGGCGGCGGCGGCGGCCGAGACUGCCGCUGGGGCUGAGGGCGCGGCGGCAGACUGCGAGGGGCGGGCGGCUCUGGCCCGCGUCAGCAACGUCAAGCUCAUCUCUAAGGCCAAGAUCCGCACGGUCAAGAUGACCUUCAUCAUCGUGCUGGCCUUCAUCGUGUGCUGGACGCCAUUCUUUUUCGUGCAGAUGUGGAGUGUAUGGGAUGCCGAUGCGCCCAAGGAAGCCUCGGCUUUCAUCAUCGCCAUGCUCCUCGCCAGCCUCAACAGCUGCUGCAACCCCUGGAUCUACAUGCUCUUCACAGGCCACCUCUUCCAAGAACUUGUGCAGCGCUUCCUCUGCUGCUCAUUCCGCCGCCUGAAAGGCAGCCGGCCUGGGGAGACGAGCAUCAGCAAAAAGAGCAACUCGACCACCUUUGUCCUGAGCCAGCACAGCUCCAGCCACAGGAGAUGCUCACAGCCAUCCGCGGUGUGACUGAUGGGGCCAGGAGCGCCCUCCUUGGCUUGGACUGUGCGGCAGCGACAGUCUGGUUCUUGGUGGCUGUGUGCAUGUGUGUAUAAGGUACCUUUCAGUUUGUACCCCUCUGUACUUUGGGCAGCUGGAGCUGGGUGGGGAAGCAACCCCCAUGGGGAAAGAUGGUAGGGUGAGUCAACCAUCAAGCCAAGCCCCGGGUCUUCCGUAGGCUCCCACGGGUACUUCUCCUGCCCUGACCCCACUGCUGCCUUCCUUUAACAGUAAGUCCCCUACAUAAGAAUGAGUUCUGUUCUGAGAGCACGUUUGUAAGUCUAAUUUGUUAGUAAGUCUAACAAGGUUAGACUAGGUACCCAACUAACACAGCCAGCUCUAUAGUACUGUACUAUAAUAGGUUUAUAAUACUUUUCACACAAGUAAUACAUACA